AUGGUUGCAGAAUGUAAAAAUGGCUCGAUCGACAGUGAAAAUAAAACAAAGACGAAGAAAAAACGCCCGUUACAACACUAUCUCCCUGUCUCAUCGUUGAUAUCUAUCUAUCUAUCUAUCUAUCUAUCUAUCUAUCUAUCUAUCUAUCUAUCUAUCUAUCUAUCUAUUUCAUUGUUCAUAUCUAUCUAUUUAUUCCUCUAUUUCAUCAGUAAGAUCUAUCUAUCUAUCUAUCUAUCUAUCUAUCUAUCUAUCUAUCUAUUACAUAGCCGUCCAUUUCUUUUCUUUUCCCGCCAUUUUUUCAUUUGCUAUUCUCCUCAUCCUACUACUUUCACACUCUCUCAUAUUAUUUAUCACGUCUCAUUUGAAUCUUUCUAUAAUCUUUCUUUUAAGUCCUUAUUUAUCUCCCGAUCUAUUACCGACAUUGAAUUCUCUUUAUGUUAUUCUCCUGCUUUCUUUCCACUUCUUUCUUUCCACCUCUCUUUCUUUCCAUCUCUCUCUUUCUUUCAACCUCUCUCUCUCUCUCUUUGCACCUCUCUAUCUCCCUCUUUCAACUUCUCUCUCUUUCCACCUCUCACUCUUUCAACCGUUCUCUCUUUCCUCCUCGCUCUUUUCACCUUCCCGUGA